AAGUUUGAAACACACCCAAGGGAUUGGAAAAAGACGUUGGCAACUCAUGUGAAAAGGGAAGUAUCUGGGUACUUUUUAAACGGUUAAUACAUAGCGAGAGCGAGACGAUUAAACCUAGCCGUGUCGAAUCCAAAUCCAAAUAUACAAAAAAGAAGAAAAGCAUAUUAAGUCUGUUUCCGAUUCUCGUUUAUCUCCGGCUUUAUCUGCAAUCGUCGUAAUACGGUGGAGAAAGCCGAUGGAUCUGGAGGUGGUGGGAAGGCACGCGCUGCUCUUCGACGAUGACGCCAUGGCGGCCUUCGUCAACUCCAUGGACGCCCUCGUCGAUUGGAAUUCCCUCUCCAUCGAUCGCUACGAUGUCCGCCACCUCCUCCCCAACCCUCCACCUUCUCUCACGCGCCGCCGUCACCACAAUCUCUCACGCUCCUCUUCUCCGCCGCUUCUUCUUCCCGACGCCUCCCUCGAACAUGAACUUGAUCAUGAACGUUACCUCGAUUUGCCGCCACCUAUCUCCGACGAGCAAGUAGCAGAUGUAAAUAAUGAUGCGCAAGCAGUGGAAACUUCAGGCUAUCAUGCUGUUGCUUUCUCUUAUGGAAACACAAAUGAAUCCACUGAGCAGGAAGUUAAUGGUGCUGAAUCUACUUUUUAUCCACCUUUCCCCGUGCCAGAAAGCUUAAUUCAAAACCUACCUCCAACAGAGAAGGUACAUCAGAUAAUCGCAAGAACUGCUACCUUUGUUAGCAUACACGGGGGGCAGUCCGAAAUUGUUUUGAGAGUAAAACAGGGAGACAACCCAACAUUUGGCUUCUUGAUGCCUGAUCAUCACCUUCAUGCCUACUUUAGGUAUCUUGUUGAUCACCAAGAACUACUAAAAUCUGAUGUUGAUGGAAAAUCCACAGAAGAAGAGAAGAAAGUUGAUAGUGGUCAAGGUGGUGGUGCAUUGUCUUUGCUUGGUUCUGUGUAUGAGUCUGGAGAAGAUGAAGAUGGCAUAACUGAGGAUACACCUGAAGUGAAAAUUGACAAGCCUGAGGAAACUGUUGAUGCUGCAAGUGUGAGUGUUUCUCAUAAAUCAGAAGGAAAAGAACCUUCUGGAAAUGUUGCUGCAAGAGAUGAACUUGUUUCCAGCAAUAUAUAUCCUCCAAAAGAAAAAGUUCAUGUUAUAAAACGGAACCGUAGCAUAAGUACAGUUAAGGGUGGAACUAUAACUGGGAUAAAGAAAGAAGGGGAUGCAGCUGCCAAUAAGUCUCAGACUCCUACUGUGCAGCCUGGCACAUCUAAGAUUGAACUACCAAUUUUGGAGCCUCCAUCUGAUUUAAAGAGAGUGGUUGAAAAGGUUGUUGAGUUCAUUUUGAAAAAUGGUAAAGAAUUUGAAGCUGUUCUUGUUGAACAGGAUCGUAAAUUUGGAAGAUUUCCCUUCCUCCUGUCUUCUAACCAGUAUCAUCCUUACUAUUUAGAAGUCCUACAGAAAACUCUGGAGGCCAAGUUACCUCGCAAGGGCCAUGUUUCUGAGAAGCGGGUUUCAGUAGGACAUGGUAUAGACAAAAAAAAGGCACUCUCUAAAGAAGGUGAUACCAUCUCCUCUGGAUCUGCUGGGCAUGAUCUACCGUAUGAUUAUGAUAGGAAAGAGAAGUUUAAGAUGGUAAUUGGAAAGUCAAAGAAGGAUGAACAAGAUCCACCUGCCAAGUCUAACCAGCCACAUGUUGGACUCAGUGUGGAUGCAGUUGCAGCUAUUCUUAAAGCUGCCACAAGGGGCAUUAAGAAUCCAGGUCUAGAAAUGUUUCCUAAACCAUCAUCCAGUGGUCAAGGCCCCAGCGAUGAGGGUGGGUAUUCCUCAAGCUUUGGGAGUCUCCAUGCAUCUCAACGUCAAAGCUCCAUCAAUAAGCUAGAUGAGAACAGGGAGCCAAGUGUUUCUGUUCCUGUCGCCAAGGCUAUUGCUGAGACAGCUGCACUUGCUGCUGCUAGUGAAGCUGAUUCUUCUGAAGCGUCCUUGACUAGAGAACAGAAGUUGAAGGCUGAGAGAUUGAAAAGGGCAAAGAUGUUUGCAGCCAUGUUAAAAGGUGGAGCUGCCCCUCUGAAAACCGAACCAUCACGUGGUUUAUCAGUUGAGCCCCCCGGGACGGUGGUUUCUUCAGGUAAUGAGGGUACGAACCUUGCAAACAAAGAGAGGGAAGGCAGUUCAGUCCCAUUUGAAGUUGAUACUUCUGAUAAGAAUGAAAUAUCUGAAAAGAAGAUUUCUGUUGAUGAAUGUAAUGAACGGAGAUCAAAGAGGAGCUACCGUUCCAGAUCUAAAAGACAUGAAGAGGACGAAGAACAAGAUCAAGAAGAUGAUGCUGAUGAUGAUGAACAGGGGAAAGAAGAAGAAGAAGAUAAAAGGGGACGCAAGCACUCAAGGAAGAAGCACCGGUCUCAUCGAUCUUCACACCAUGGUAAGAACAGGCAUAAGCACCGGAAAAGGCAUUCCUCCUCGAAAGCUGGUGAAUCUCAAUACCACAAUAACUCCUCUGAUGAUGAAAUCCGGCCCUCUAAACGGUCAAAACAUCACAGUCCCUCUGAUAGUGAGCAUUCUCAACACCAGCAUAAAGAUGUUCAUUCAUCUGAUGAUGAAUAUCAGCAUUCUCGACGGCACCAUAAGCAUGGUGGCUCCUCUGAAGACGAGCACAGGCAUAAUCGGCGACAUAAACAUCACAGCUCCUCUGAUGGUGAGAAUCACCACAGAAGUAGGUCUACAAAACAUAGGAAAUCCCGAUCUAAAAGAGAAUUGGAGUUGGAAGAAGGGGAAAUAUGUGCAAAAUCAGAUCAAUCUAAAGCUAGUGAAAGUGAACGUGCUAGUAGGGAGGCUUCUGUGGAUUUGUCAAAAUCAUAUCGACAUGGAAAGGCUCCAUUUCAGCCAUCUGAAUCGACUGAGGUAUCGGAUGAGCUUAGAGCCAAAAUUCGAGCCAUGUUGAUGGAAACCUUGUAGCAAAUAUUUUGUUUAUUGCGUUGUAAUAUCAAUUAGCCAAUCUUUUAUGCUAAUGAGGUUAGAUAGGAUUACGCUCUUUCUAAUUAAAUUUGAUUUUGAAAUGAAAAUUUUUUUUU